UCAUACGCUGCGUUAUAAUAAUUCUACUUUAUUUAAAUUUGCACAUCCACGUUUAUUUUUGUGCUACAUGGACGGUUAACAACAGCUACUUUUGUUCGGCCGGGAAACACAUCGGCAAGAGCAGGCUGGCUUGGGUGUCUACCGCAACUUGAAGAUUCUGUAAUAAUAUGGAAACAUAUGAUGUUAUAGUUAAUCAGCCUGUAGUUAUAGACAACGGGUCUGGUGUUAUCAAAGCCGGCUUUGCUGGGGACCAGGUACCAAAAUGUCAUUUCCCAAAUUACAUUGGUCGACCGAAGCACAAGCGGGUUAUGGCUGGAGCCUUGGAAGGCGAGAUCUUCAUGGGACCAAAGGCAGAGGAACAUCGUGGUUUGUUAAGCAUUCGCUACCCAAUGGAACAUGGCAUUGUGACCGACUGGAACGACAUGGAGCGCAUCUGGCAGUACAUUUAUUCGAAAGAGCAGCUGCAGACCUUUUCGGAGGAACACCCCGUGCUGCUCACGGAGGCUCCCAUCAAUCCGCUGCGCAACCGCGAGCGUUCGGCCGAAAUCUUCUUUGAGACCUUCAACGUGCCAGCUCUCUUCGUCUCCAUGCAGGCUGUUCUCAGUUUGUAUGCAACGGGACGGACCACGGGUGUAGUGUUGGACUCUGGUGACGGUGUCACGCACGCGGUGCCCAUCUACGAGGGGUUUGCCAUUCCGCACAGCAUCCUCCGCGUGGACGUGGCGGGGCGCGACGUCACUUCCUACCUGCGCCACCUUCUCCGCAAAGAAGGCACAAACUUCCACACGACGGCAGAGUUUGAAAUUGUAAAGACAGUGAAAGAGAAAGCCUGCUAUCUUGCCAACAACCCACAGCGCGAGGAGACGAUGGACACGGAGAAAGCCCACUACGUGCUGCCCGACGGGACCACGCUGGAGAUUGGACCCGCGCGGUUCCGCGCCCCCGAGGUGUUGUUCCGACCCGACCUUAUAGGGGAGGAAUUUGAAGGUGUUCACCAGGUGUUGGUGUUUGCGAUUCACAAAUGCGACAUGGACCUUCGCCGGGUGCUCUAUCAGAAUAUCGUGCUCUCCGGGGGCUCUACGCUCUUCAAAGGAUUUGGUGACAGACUCCUCAACGAAGUCAAAAAGAUUGCUCCCAAAGGAAUCAAAAUCAGAAUAUCGGCCCCCCAGGAACGGCUGUACUCCACGUGGAUCGGAGGCUCCAUCCUAGCGUCUCUAGACACCUUCAAGCGCAUGUGGGUCUCCAAACGGGAAUACGAAGAAGAAGGAACUCGGGCGCUCCACCGCAAGACCUUCUGAGGCUUUGCCUUCGAUGCUUUCAUUUCUAGGCUUCCCUCAUUUUAGUGGGUUUUGUAUUUAUUGUUUCUAAGGUCUUUUCAGGGGGGGAAACCAAGCAACAGUGCCUCACAUUGAGGAGUACUUGUUUGGCUCUGUUUCCACGCUGCUUUGGUUCCGGAGUUGCCUUGUAUAACACCCCCCGCACCCUUUAACAGUCGAUCGAGCGAAGGACGUGUAAGAAACGAGACUAUUUUGGGAGAGACGGCCCAACAAGUGCCAGUGCAUUCCAGGCAGCUCUCCAGUUGACGCUUUGCAUGCCAUCUUUGAACAGUUUUUGCAAACAUUUGUGUAAGUUAAAGGCUGCCGAGAAAUAAAUGAAGUUUGGAUCACUUUUAGAAAA